AUGAGAGAAGAUGCAUACUGGAGCCCGGCCGACGAUUUGCAAUUUGAGAGCUUAGAAGCAGGUCAUGCUGUUGCCGUGGUUUUGGAAUCCGAUACACCAAACCCACUAUUCCGAGCCCCUGUCGGAAGUUCGGCGAAGAAUAUUCUUGACAUCGGAACUGGAAAUGGCUUAUGGGCUAUCGACGUUGCAGACAUGUUCCCUCAAGGUGACUCGGAUAUUCGCAAGCCCAUUUCUCAGGCACUAAUAUUUUUCCUAGCUACCGUUCGUGGUGUAGAUAUCUUCCCACCCCCUGUGACAUGGAUGCCACCGAACUGCAUCUUGGAGGUGGAUGAUGUCUUGCGCGAAUGGACCUGGCGUGAGCCGUUCGACUUCAUCCACCUGCGUAUCAUGCUUGGCGCAUUCACAGAGAAAGAGUGGGACAUUGUCUACCAAAAAUGCUACGAAAAUCUCAAGCCGGGUGGCUGGAUCGAACAACUAGAGCUAGAUGCGCAUCUCGAAGCCGACGAUGAAAGUGUCCCGGACGAUAGUAUGGCUGCGAGCUGGGGAGAUGCCACAUUUGGCUGCGCAGAGAGGUCUGGUCGCCGAAUCGACACUCUUAAUACGAUGAGCUCCUCAAUCGAGCGUGCUGGGUUUGUUCAUCUAAAUGAGAAGAGCAACAAGUGGCCCAUUGGUGCCUGGCCUAAAGAUAAGCAGCUCAAGGAGGCAGGGCUAAUGAACUAUCAUAUGUGGUCCGCUGGUUUAGAAGGAUGGGGGAUGUGGCUUCUUACCAGAUUUGGCGCACCAAGUCCGUGGCCUCCAGAGCAGGUACAGACCUACGUUGGAAAAAUUCGGUCCGAAUUGAAGAAUCCUAAGGUUCAUGCCUACCAAAGAGCACGACGUGUUUGGGCCAGAAAGCCCCUCAAUUAG